GCGGCCCGCGCCGGCGCACCAGGACUCGGCGGCGGCUUGCGCCUGCGCGGCGCGGCGCUGCGGAGACCGUUGGUUCAUUUGCAUGUCCCCGCCUCGCGCGGCGGCGGCGGCGGGGCAAAAUAACAUGGCAGCCAGACGAAUUACACAGGAGACUUUUGAUGCUGUAUUACAAGAAAAAGCCAAGCGAUACCACAUGGAUGCCAGCGGUGAGGCUGUAAGCGAAACUCUUCAGUUUAAAGCUCAAGAUCUCUUAAGGGCAGUCCCAAGAUCCAGAGCAGAGAUGUAUGAUGAUGUCCACAGCGAUAGCAGAUACUCCCUCAGUGGAUCUGUAGCUCACUCGCGAGACGCCGGAAGAGAAGGCCUGAGAAGUGACGUAUUUCCAGGGCCUUCCUUCAGAUCAAGCAACCCUUCCAUCAGUGAUGACAGCUACUUUCGCAAAGAAUGUGGCCGGGAUCUGGAAUUUUCUCACUCUGAUUCUCGGGACCAGGUCAUUGGCCACCGGAAAUUGGGACAUUUCCGUUCUCAGGACUGGAAAUUUGCGCUCCGUGGUUCUUGGGAGCAAGACUUUGGCCAUCCAGUUUCUCAAGAGUCCUCCUCUUGGUCACAGGAGUAUAGUUUUGGUCCCUCUGCAGUGUUGGGAGACUUUGGAUCUUCCAGACUGAUUGAGAAAGAGUGUUUGGAGAAGGAGAGUCGGGAUUAUGACGUGGACCAUCCUGGGGAGGCUGACUCUGUGCUCAGGGGCAGCAGUCAAGUCCAGGCCAGAGGCCGAGCUUUAAACAUCGUUGACCAGGAAGGUUCCCUCCUAGGAAAGGGGGAGUCUCAGGGCCUGCUCACAGCUAAGGGGGGUGUUGGGAAACUUGUCACAUUGAGAAAUGUGAGCACAAAAAAAAUACCCACCAUGAAUCGUAUUACUCCCAAAACUCAGGGCACUAACCAAAUCCAGAAAACCACUCCAAGUCCUGAUGUGACCCUGGGGACAAACCCAGGGACAGAAGAUAUCCAGUUCCCCAUUCAGAAGAUCCCUCUGGGGCUGGAUCUGAAGAAUCUUCGGCUCCCCAGAAGAAAGAUGAGCUUUGACAUCGUAGAUAAGUCUGAUGUUUUUUCAAGAUUUGGGAUAGAAAUAAUCAAAUGGGCAGGAUUCCACACCAUAAAAGAUGAUAUUAAAUUUUCCCAGCUUUUCCAGACUCUCUUUGAACUUGAAACAGAAACCUGUGCUAAAAUGCUUGCCUCAUUCAAAUGUUCCUUAAAACCAGAGCACAGAGAUUUUUGCUUUUUUACUAUCAAAUUUUUAAAGCACUCUGCUUUGAAAACACCCAGAGUUGAUAAUGAGUUUUUAAACAUGCUUUUAGACAAAGGUGCUGUGAAGACCAAAAAUUGCUUUUUUGAAAUCAUAAAGCCCUUUGACAAGUACAUAAUGAGACUUCAAGACCGGCUUCUGAAGAGUGUCACACCUCUGCUUAUGGCCUGCAAUGCCUACGAGCUGAGUGUCAAGAUGAAGACCCUCAGUAACCCCCUGGACUUGGCUCUUGCCCUAGAAACCACCAAUUCUCUCUGCCGGAAGUCUUUGGCCCUUUUGGGACAGACAUUCUCCUUGGCCUCUUCUUUCCGGCAAGAGAAAAUCUUAGAAGCUGUCGGCCUGCAAGAUAUAGCUCCAUCACCUGCUGCAUUUCCAAACUUCGAAGACUCCACUUUGUUUGGGAGAGAGUACAUAGACCACCUGAAGGCCUGGCUAGUCAGCAGCGGGUGUCCCCUUCAGGUUAAGAAAGCCGAACCAGAGCCGACGCGAGAGGAGGAGAAAAUGAUUCCUCCUACCAAACCCGAAAUUCAGGCCAAGGCUCCAAGUAGUCUGAGUGAUGCUGUCCCCCAGCGAGCAGAUCACAAGGUAGCAGACACCAUCGACCAGCUUGUGAAACGUGUCAUCGAAGGCAGCCUGUCUCCCAAAGAGAGAACUCUUCUCAAAGAGGACCCUGCUUACUGGUUUUUAUCUGAUGAAAAUAGUCUGGAGUAUAAAUAUUACAAGCUGAAGUUGGCAGAAAUGCAGCGGAUGAGCCAGAACUUGCGAGGAGCCGACCAGAAGCCGACCUCGGCAGAGUGUGCAGUGCGGGCCAUGCUGUAUGCCCGGGCUGUCCGUAACCUCAAGAAGAAACUGCUUCCGUGGCAGCGGCGGGGGCUCCUCCGUGCUCAAGGGCUCCGGGGCUGGAAGGCAAGGAGAGCGACCACUGGGACCCAGACCCUCCUAUCCUCAGGCACCAGGCUGAAACACCACGGCCGGCAGACUCCAGGCCUCUCACAGGCAAAACCAUCCCUGCCAGACAGAAAUGAUGCUGCCAACAAGGACUGCCCGCCAGACCCAGUUGGACCCUCUCCUCAGGACCCCAGCUCAGAAGCCUCAGGUCCAUCCCCCAAGCCAACAGGAGUGGACAUCUCUGAAGCACCUCAGACCUCUUCUCCCUGCCCAUCUGCUGACAUUGACAUGAAGACAAUGGAGACUGCAGAGAAACUGGCUAGAUUUGUUGCUCAGGUGGGACCAGAGAUCGAACAAUUCAGCAUAGAAAACAGCACCGAUAACCCUGACCUGUGGUUUCUACAUGACCAAAAUAGUUCUGCUUUCAAAUUCUAUCGAAAGAAAGUGUUUGAACUAUGUCCAUCAAUUUGUUUCACAUCAUCUCCGCACAACCUUCACACUGGUGGUGGUGACACUGCGGGUUCUCAGGAGAGCCCCGUGGACCUCAUGGAAGGGGAAGGAGAGUUUGAAGAUGAGCCCCCUCCGCGGGAGGCUGAGCUGGAAAGCCCAGAGGUGAUGCCUGAGGAGGAGGAGGAGGACGAUGAGGAUGGCGGAGAGGAGGCCCCUGCUCCCGGAGGGGCGGGCAAGUCUGAGGGCAGCACCCCUGCCGAUGGCCUUCCCAGUGAGGCUGCCGAGGACGACCUGGCUGGAACACCUGCCCUGUCACAGGCCACCUCAGGUACCUGCUUCCCCCGGAAGAGGAUCAGCAGCAAGUCGUUGAAGGUUGGCAUGAUUCCAGCUCCCAAGAGAGUAUGUCUCAUCCAGGAGCCAAAAGUCCAUGAACCAGUUCGAAUUGCCUAUGACAGGCCUCGGGGUCGUCCCAUGUCCAAAAAGAAGGGCCCAGGUCGUGCGCAGUUCCCAGGAGGGCCUGACGGAUGCCCUGUUUCUCAUCUCAUCCGAAACCCAAGGACUUGGACUUCGCCCAGCAGAAGCUGACCGAUAAGAACCUGGGCUUCCAGAUGCUGCAGAAGAUGGGCUGGAAGGAGGGCCAUGGCCUGGGCUCCCUCGGAAAGGGCAUCCGGGAGCCGGUCAGCGUGUACGCAGCAGGCAGCCUGGGGUGGGAGUGGGUGGGGCCUCAGUCCUUCCACCUGCAGCCUGACCUUGGCUCCCUCACGCCCAAGGUGACUUACAGCUGGCAAUUGAUUUUUGUUUUUUAAACAAAAGGCAUCUUCAGAUGAGAAGCUGAUCAUUUACAUAUGCAGGUGUUUACAGGGCUCCUUUCUGUCCUGCUGUAGAUUUUUUAACCAGCUUGUUGGCCCUGGUCAUUUUGUCCUCAUUUGUUAUCAUCGUAAAAGCUAAGUGGUAUUUCUGUGUAGUUUUGGCCUGGAACCACUUUCCCAUUCCCGGGAACCCAUAGCCGGGCCAGCCAGGGUCCUGAACACAGGCCCAAAGUUUAUUAAACCCCAAUCGUAACAUCCAGCAGGCAUUUCAUUUAAUACUGAGCUUAGUGCCUGCUGGGUAAGGCAUUCCAAGGUAACCAGGGCCCUCUGGGCACCCCCUCAAAAGCCAGCUCUUCUUCGAGGGUGAGUACUCCUUGUUUCCACUGUGAGUCGUGUCUUGAUUUUCCCUCUCUUUGAUGUCUCAGUGUGUGUCCCAAACACCUGCAUCUCAUGGACUGUUUGUGCCCAUGCCCAGUUCCUGGCAUGCCAGGCCCUGGGCUCAGGUGCACAACUGACUCUCUUUUUCACUCCUUAGGGGAACCCCCUCAGAAGGGGAAGGGUUGGGUGCUGACGGGCAGGAGCACAAAGAAGACACAUUCGAUGUGUUCCGGCAGAGGAUGAUGCAGAUGUACAGACACAAGCGGGCCAACAAAUAGGUAUGUUUACGGGACAGUGCAUAAGGCCCUCCGCCCUCACCGGCGUGCUGGUAUGCAGAGAAAUUCCCCCAACAAAGUUGAUAUUCCCUGUUCCCCCAAAAAUGCCACACACAAAAAAAUCACAAAAUUCUGUGAGGGAAACAAAAGGGUCUCUGGAUGCGGAUAUGCCCCAUUCUUACAUUCCAGGUUUGCUGAAGGAGCAAACCUCAUGUUGGCCAAGGGCAGCUGCACGUGGCCUGCCUGGUGCCCUGGUUGUGAGCCCCUCGAAGCCUCUAGGCCAGGCUCCGUGGAUGUGCGCGUGGAAAUAGGCCACGCCUGUCUCUUCUCUUGCUCAAGUUUUCUCUCACAGAUGAGGGCCACCUACCACAUAACAUGACCAGCAAACGGAUUGUUUAGUCCAGAGGGCCUUGCCAUCAUGCAAGUGGAAGGCCGACUGUGACAGCCACCGCCACAGAGGAUGGCAGUUAGCUGUGUCCCUUUGUGAGGGUCUUCAAAUCCUUUUCCUUCUGCAGGGCCUCGGGCCUGUAAAUAUCCUCAUCUUUCUACUUUUUUUUUUUUUUUAGUUGUCCCUCUCACCUAAUUUCCAACUCAGUUUUGAACAAAAUCGUUCUCUUCCUGAAUAGAUCAAAACCACUGAUGAGAAAGAUAAGCCUUGAAGCAGCAAUUGCUCUUAAAACAUCAUCCCUGCCCUGGAUCGGCCUGGAGCCAGUGCCCAAGUACGGUUUGCUUCCAUGUUGGCCGUGGGUCAGGUGAAUGGAUGGAGCUCCGAGCGGGGCUCGGCCCGCUGGCCCGAGCGAGGCACACACACCUACAGCGUGGAUCAAGCUCGCUCUCUCCAGCAUCGCCCUGACCAUUCCAUGUGCUUUGUCCUAGCAUGUUAAUUCUUGACUUUCUCCACUUCAUUUUACUAAAAAGUUAAAUGCUUUAGGAAUUUGUGGUGUGUGGCCACUGACCACCCCCCACCUCCUGCCGCUCCUCCAAGUUUGAGCUGAGAUGGUUCUGUGAGUCCUUGGCAGGGGUCAGAGGGCACACCUCCUUGAACCUAGAAAGUCCCUACACUCUCAGAGGACGCCUCUCCUGUGGAUUCAGCGCUGGGGCAGUGAAGGUGUCGGGAGCCAGCAGAGCAUGGUGCGUGCUGCCAGCUGCCGGCCGGCCGGGAUAGAGGAGAUGCCACUGGCCCUCCGUGCCCCCAGCCCCUCCCUCUUAAUCGAGGCUGCCCUUGCUCUCUGCAGAGGCCACUCUGCAGGAUCCUCAUGUCGCGCGUGACGUGUGGUGGCACAGCCGUGUCAAAGUCACAGUGUCUUUUCUGUCGUUCUAGUUCCAGGGUCACCCCCGAGAGGACAACAGGCAUCUGGAAGUGCUCUCUCGCCACUCUGGGUGCUUACUGUCUCUGGCUUGUUUCCAUCACUGGAAAUCACUUAGAGAAUUGUAGUGUUUUUGGUCCUUGAUAAAGCCUAGAAGACAUUUGUGAUGUUACAAAAUGGAAGUUUUCUUUUGUUUCUGUUUUUUAAGAUCUAAGAAGUUGUGAAUGUUGUUAAUCAUUUAGCCGUUGCAAUAAAUGUAGAGGAAAUGCAGUGUG